AUGGAGCCUGUUGAUGCAGCAAAAGAUGUUGGCAAGAAUAGCUCCAUUUCUGUGAUGAUUUCAAACCCUAAAGUGUUCGACUGCAGCAUUUGUUUUCAACUCUUAAGCUUUCCAAUCUUUCAGUGUGAUAAUGGUCAUAUUGUUUGCUCUACCUGCUGCUCUAAGUUUGGGAACAAGUGUGACAAGUGCUCAAAAUGCAUUAGCUUAAAACGUUGUAGAGCCUUUGAGAAUCUAUUGCAAUAUAUCAAAAUGCCAUGUCUGAAUGAAAAAUAUGGUUGCAAGGAGACAAUCGAUUACAUUCAGAAGAGGAAGCAUGAAGAAGAAUGCAUCUAUGUGCCAUGUUAUUGCCCCCUUUCAGGUUGUGACUUUGUUGCUUCAUCAGAGGUGUUGUCCGACCAUUUCAGCCAUAAACACGAGGAUUCUCAAAUCAAUUUUUAUUAUGGAUUUUCUUUUCUUGUCUCCUUGAAGUCUGAUGAUGAAGUCAUUGUUCUUCAAGAGAAACGUAGUGGCAAAGUAUUUAUUCUCAAUAAUAGUACUAUGCUUUAUUCAAAAAAAAAUUACAGUACUAUGCUUUUGGGAAAUGCAGUCAAUAUUUGUUGCUUUGGUCCAACUGCUUCUGUGUCCGAGUAUAGUUAUGAUAUAUCGGCUAGGUCUCAGAAAUGCAAACUGAAAUUACACUCGUUUGCAAAGAAUUUGCAUCAAGUUACUUUAGCAACUCUUUCAUCAGAGUUCCUUGUGAUUCCAAUUGGUUCUUCUGAACCUCUCGAGCUUAUGCGAAUCUUCGUAAAUUUACUGACUGGAGAGACAAUCACUUUGGAGGUUAAUAGUUUAGACACGAUAUGCAGUGUGAAAGAGAAGAUUCUUGAUGAGACAGAGUACUCGAUGCAGAGCCAACGAUUGAUCUUUGCCGGCAAGCAACUAGAUGACAGCCGGACUGUUGCCGAUUACAACAUUCAAAAUGAGUCAACCAUCGACGUUGCCUUCCGCAUCCUUGGGGACUAG